CGCCUCCGCCGGUGCUCCCUUGGUUGCGCAGCUGCUCGUCGUUCUCCUGCUGCGAUGGCGUCGCUCACCGUGAAGGCCUAUCUGCUGGGCAAAGAGGAGGCGGCGCGCGAGAUCCGCCGCUUUAGCUUCUGCUUCAGCCCCGAGCCCGAGGCGGAGGCCGAAGCAGCGGCCGGCCCCGGGCCCUGCGAGCGGCUGUUGGCCCGGGUGGCCGCUCUGUUCCCGGCGCUGCGGCCCGGCGGCUUCCAGGCGCACUACCGCGAUGAGGACGGGGACCUGGUCGCCUUCUCCAGUGAUGAGGAACUGACGAUGGCCAUGUGCUACGUGAAAGAUGACAUCUUCCGUAUUUAUAUUAAAGAGAAGAAGGAGUGCCGGCGGGACCACCGCCCGCCCUGUGCCCAGGAGGCGCCCCGCAACAUGGUGCACCCCAACGUGAUCUGUGAUGGUUGCAAUGGGCCCGUGGUGGGAACCCGCUACAAGUGCAGCGUCUGCCCGGACUACGACCUGUGCGGGGCCUGCGAGGCCAAGGGCCUGCACCGGGAGCACAGCAAGCUCGCCUUCCCCAGCCCCUUUGGCCACUUCGAGGGCUUCUCCCACAGCCGCUGGCUCCGGAAGCUGAGACAUGGGCACUUCGGGUGGCCAGGCUGGGAGAUGGGCCCCCCAGGGAACUGGAGCCCACGCCCUCCUCGAGCUGGGGAAGCCCGCCCCAGCUCCGCAGCAGAAUCAGCUUCUGGUCCAUCAGAGGAUCCCAACGUGAACUUCCUGAAGAAUGUGGGGGAGAGUGUGGCAGCUGCCCUUAGCCCUCUGGGCAUUGAAGUUGAUAUUGACGUGGAACAUGGAGGUAAAAGAAGCCGCCUGACACCUGUCUCUCCAGAAAGUUCCAGCACAGAAGAGAAGUGUAGCUCUCAGCCAAGCAGCUGCUCCUCUGAACCCAGCAAGGGGGAUGGGAACAGCGAGGGCGCAGCACAGUCUCUGGCAGAGCAGAUGAAAAAGAUAGCCCUGGAGACUGGGGCACAGCCCGAGGAGCAGAUGGAGUCGGAUAACUGCUCAGGAGGAGAUGAUGACUGGACCCACUUGUCUUCCAAAGAAGUGGAUCCGUCGACAGGUGAACUCCAGUCUCUGCAGAUGCCAGGGUCUGAGGGGCCCAGCUCUCUGGACCCUUCCCAGGAAGGACCCACUGGGCUGAAGGAAGCUGCCUUGUACCCCCACCUUCCACCAGAGGCUGACCCCCGGCUGAUCGAGUCCCUGUCUCAGAUGCUGUCCAUGGGCUUCUCGGAUGAAGGUGGCUGGCUCACCAGGCUUCUGCAGACCAAGAAUUACGACAUCGGGGCUGCCCUGGAUACCAUCCAGUAUUCGAAGCACCCACCACCGUUGUGACAUCUCCCCAGCCCAUCUUCUGUCACCUAGUUGCGUUGAGCUAGUGUAGAACAGCAGGGCCUCCCUAAGGGCCAGUUUCUCUGCAUUCUUCUCCAGAAUCUAAGGGGGUGGGCACGCAUGCGGCCAUUCAGGUCAGUAGCACAAGUGACACGAGGCGAGUCCGUGUGUGCUGAUGUCUGCCAAACACGCAUCUGCUCUUGAGUGUCCUGGCUCUCAGCUACUGGUGGCCCAGCAGGGGCAGGCACUGGCUCCCUACCAGCCUCACACAAGCAGUCCGGAAUGCAGCCUGCCUCGUGGCCUGCUUCCUGAGAGCGCACUGACAUCUAGGUGAUUUGCUGAGGGAGGCUGCCCUGCAGCCAGUCCCGAGGGUCUCGCACUUCGAGGGAGACCAGCUCGUAAGAGGAAGUGUGGGUGCGGGUUCCACCGAGGGCUGCCUCCUGCCUCACUGCUACGAUGACUCUAAUGUGUAGCCAUCUUGUUGCCACAUUUCUAAGCAAUCUGUAAUUAAAUGCUAUGAGCACUUUA